ACCAAAGCGCCAGCCAAGCCAGCAGAGCAGAGCGCGACUCGACUCAUCCUUUCGUUCGGUUCCCCACUUCCACAACCCUCGAGAAGCUUCCACCCCUCCCGCGCCGCUUCCGCCGCCGCCGCCACAGGAGCGGAAACCCUAGCCGCCGUCCCCCACCCGCCUCUCCGCCCACCGGCGCCCCCCCUCGUCGUCCCCGCCGCCGACGCCGACGAAGCGAUCGGAUCUCGAGGACCGUCGAGCCACGAUGGAGGACUGGGAUGCUGAAGAUUUUCAGCCAGCUGCACCUGUUGUGAUAGCAGAGCCACUUAAAAAUCAGUGGGCUGAUGAAGAUGUUGAAGAAGAUGACGUAAAAGAUUCAUGGGAAGAAGAAGAUGAGGAGAAACCCAAGCCACCACCUGUAGAAAAGGCUGCCGCGAAACCUAGCAGUAAGGCUCCUGCGAAAAAGGGAAAACAGCAGGCAUCUACUAGUGCUGAAGAACCAGAUGAGCCUCCUCUUAGUCCCACUUCAGAGAAAAUUCGCCAACAGAGGCUUGUGGAAGAAGCUGAUUUCAAGUCAACCACAGAACUUUUUGCAAAAAAGGGCGGCGAUCAAAAGUCACUAGAUACGUUUAUCCCAAAGUCUGAGAGUGACUUUGCGGAAUAUGCAGAGCUUAUUGCGAAUAAACUACGCCCCUACGAGAAAAGCUUUCACUACAUGGGUCUACUUAAAAAUGUCAUGAGACUUUCCAUGACAUCUUUGAAAGGUGCGGAUGCGAAAGACAUAUCUUCCUCUGUGACAGCUAUUGCUAAUGAGAAGAUCAAGGCCGAGAAAGAAGCUGCAGCAGGCAAAAAGAAACAAGGAGCCAAAAAGAAGCAACUCCACAUCGAGAAAGGAGACGAUGACUUCAUCCCUGGCCGCGGUGGUGGCUAUGAUGAUCCGGAUGAGUACGAUUUCAUGUGAUUUGGCUGGGAGCAAAAGUAGGUUUCUGUCAUGUAUACCUUGGCAAGGAGAGAUUGUUACUAGAGUUUGCGGCAUAGUUGCCAUUCCAGAGGCUCCUGGACUGGACACCUGAACUAUUUUGCAUGGAACAUGCUUAUCUAUUUGAGCUUGAUUUUUUACUAUACAGGAUGAGGCAACCAUUUGUGGUCUGGACCACAAGUGUGUUUCCUUAUUAUUCUUCAGCCGUUGUGUUCUUUUUUACUUUUCAUAUUUAUUUUUUGCCAAUUGUACUAUAUACCAUGUAUCCAGCUACUUUGGAGCCAUGCAAGUAAUCCUUAGCUUUUUGUUGGAGCUGUA